AGCUCUGUGGGAACUGCGGGGAAGGGGAGUCCUGCCGAAGCUCCGAGCAGAGCGAUGAAGCUUCCCGGUGAUGAUUCUAGUGGAGAUAAUACAUCCGUAUCCGCGGCCUGUGGGAUGCUGAGAAACCAGAGACAACUUGAGGAGAGCGGAGUGAACCAAUCAAUUUACAUGUGUAAACUUUGCAACUUGUUUUCUCCAAACCAUUCGGAACUCCUCUCACAUGUUUCUGAAAAUCACUCUAAAGAAGAACUAAGUGCAGAACAUAUCAUCAUUCCCCUCAAGCCACUUAUUUCAUCAAAUAAGAACACAGAAGAAUUUUGUUCGGUUAAAAGGAAAAGGGGCAGACCCAAGGGUUCUACAAAAAAGUCUCUAGCAGAAGAAGAAGUUGCUGAUCAAAAUGUCAGCGUAUCUAAAGAAAGCAAUCUGGAAAUAGAUGAAUCACAACUUCCAGCAGAGCCUGUUCCUGAAAACCUGGAGUGCCGGAAAUGCAGUAGAACAUUUUGCAACAUUAGACAACUUAAAAAGCAUAUCUGCAUUAUUGUGUUAAAUGAUGAUGAAGAUAUUACACAAGGUAAUGAUUUUAUAGGGAAAUUCAUCCAGCCAGAUAAUGAAAAGGAAAGGGAAAAGCAGCCGAAGAAGGCACGCAUGCACAAAAUGGAAAAAGCGUUGCAGUCACACGAACCAGAGAAGGGAGUGGGGGUAAAUCCAAUCAUUAGUGUUCUUUUAACUGCACAUGAAGCAAUUCCAGGAGCAACAAAAAUUGUCCCAGUUGAAGCUGCUUCUCCUGAUGUUCAACCGGAAAUAAAUCCCCACGUUACUGAUCAAGAGCAAGGUCAGAGGCGAGGUUAUCAGGAAUAUGCGAUCCAUCAAACUCCUUUGGAACAGUCAAAUAAAUCAAGCAGGUUAGGUGCAACACAAUUAAAAAUAUUUACCUGUGAAUACUGUAACAAGGUAUUUAAGUUUAAACACUCACUACGAGCUCACCUGAGGAUCCAUACAAAGGAAAAACCAUUCAAAUGUUCUCAUUGUAACUAUGCAAGUGCUAUUAAAGCUAACUUAAGUGUUCACAUGAGAAAACAUACAGGAGAGAAAUUUAGUUGUGAUUACUGCACAUUCAGCUGCCUUAGCAAAGGACAUCUCAAGGUACACGUAGAGCGAGUUCAUAAAAAAAUUAAACAACACUGUCGGUUUUGCAAAAAGAAGUAUUCGGAUAUAAAAAAUCUCAUUAAGCAUAUCAAAGAAACUCAUGACCUACUAGACAAAAAUGUUAAGGAGACUUUUAAUGAGCUGCGAUUAUUAACAAGAGAAGGAAAGCGGCAGCUUUUGUAUGAUUGUCAUAUCUGUGAGCGCAAGUUCAAAAAUGAGCUAGAAAGAGAUCGACACAUGUUGGUCCAUGGGGACAAGAGACCAUAUGCUUGUGAGUUAUGUGGUCAUGGGGCUACGAAGCUCCAGUCUCUUGAGUUGCAUAUAAAGAAACAUCCAUUUGUUUAUGUAUGCUCAGUUUGCCUUAAGAAAUUUGUCAGUACUGUAAGGCUCAAAACUCACAUCAAAGUUGCCCAUUCUGAAAAAGAGGAAGCCUUAGUAUUUAAUGAAUCUAUCAAUCAAAGUUUUUGUCUACUAGAGCCUGGGGGUGAUAUACAGCAUGAAGCUCUUGAAGACGUAGAGUCACAAGCUGAAACUCAGCAUGUUAUCUUAGAUGUUAACUUACAUGGGGCUACUGAAAGUAACAUACAAGACAACACUGAUACACUUUCUACAGUAGUUCGUUUUGAAGUUGAGAACGAUUUAACACAAUCGAAAAGCAAUACAGAAGUUGUAGAUGCAUCUCAUAAUGAACAAACUGACACUUCAGCAAAUAAGAAAGUUAAUGCACACAGCAUAACGCAGUCACCAGAAUCUCCUGUGUUAAGGACAACAGAGGUAUCGAACAAAAAGGAAAAUGAUAAUGCAAAUUGUAAUCUGGAAAAUGCACAGAAUAAAGAUGAUCAGUUGCAACCACUCAAUCCGCUUUCAAAUGAACUCUCAAAUCAUUCUGAAUCAGUGGAGAUGGAAGAAGUUCCUGACCAUAGUCAAAAUGCCCAAGAACAUUUAAAUUCUGAUAAAGAAAAUGGCACUCCAUGUACGUCCUCCAGUAAUAUGUCGGCAUACUCAAGUGAAACUGCUACCAUGUUGAUUUUGAAUGGCUUAUGUAAGAAACAACUGAAUACUGCUGUAUUCCAGAAGAUCAGGAAGAUUUACGGAGAACUGGAAUGUGAAUACUGUGGCAAACUGUUCUGGUAUCAGAUGCAUUAUGACAUGCAUGUUCGAACUCAUACACGAGAACAUCUGUACUACUGCUCCCAAUGUUCUUACUCUUCAAUCACCAAGAACUGCCUCAAAAGACAUGUCAUGCAAAAGCAUAGCAACAUGUCUCUUAAAUGUCCAGCUGAAGGCUGUGAAUACUCAAGUCCGGAUAAAUACAAACUUCAAGCUCAUCUGAAAAUACAUGGGGAUUUGGAAAAGAAAACAUACACUUGUCCUGCAUGUGAGAAAUCAUUUUCAGACGGUCGCCUUAUAAAGUCACACAUAAAGGCAAACCACCCUGAGAAAUCAACAAAUCUCAUUUCGGAGGUCCUUGGCCAUAAAGUUCAAAUGAAAGGACUCAUAGGAAAGCGAGCAGUUAAAUGUCCAUAUUGUGACUCCUAUUUUAUGAAAAAUGGCUCCAAUUUACAGCGCCAUAUAUGGACUCAUGAAGGAUUGAAACCAUUUAAGUGUUCAGUGUGUGAAUAUGCAACUCGCAGUAAAAGCAAUUUGAAGGCACAUAUGAAUCGCCACAAUACAGAGAAAACCCAUCUAUGUGACAUGUGCGGUAAAAAGUUCAAAUCAAAAGGAACACUUAAGAGUCACAAACUUCUUCAUACAUCAGACGGAAAACAGUUCAAAUGCACAAUAUGUGAAUUUACUGCUGUACAAAAACCAUAUCUCCUGCGUCACAUGGAACAGCAUACAUCUUGUAAGCCAUUUGGCUGUGCCUUAUGUCACUAUUCCUGCAACAUGUCUGGGUCAUUGAAGAGACAUUACAACAAGAAGCAUCCCAAUAAAGAAUGUGUGAAUGCAAGAACGGGAGAGGUCUCUGCUGAGGACUUAGUUCUUCAAGGUGGUAUAAAGUGUCCUGUAUGCAGUUUUGUGUAUGGUACUAAAUGGGAAUUCAGUCGACAUCUUAAGAAUAAACAUGGUCUAAAGUUGAUGGAAAAUGACGGAGACUCUAAAUGGGAGGCAGUUGACGAUUCCGUGGAAACCUCAACACAGUAUCUUCAUAUCACUGAAGCAGACGCAGAUGUACAGGGAACACAGGCCGCAGUUGCAGCACUUCAGGAUCUGAGAUAUACAUCAGAGACCAGUGACAAACUUGACCCUAUGGCUGUUAACAUACUUCAGCAGAUCAUUGAACUCGGAACGGAGACCCAUGAUGCAGCGGCUGUCACCUCUGUGGUUGCUAUGGCACCUGGAACUGUUACUGUGGUGGAACAAGUGACAGAAGAGGAGCGCACAGCCAAUCACACGGUAAUGAUCCAAGAAGCCUUGCAGCAAGCAUCAGUGGGUUUAAGUGAACAGCACCACCUUGUGGUUUCAUCUGAUGAUGUUGAAGGGAUUGAAACCGUUACGGUAUAUACACAAGGAGAAGACGCUUCUGAGUACAUAGUUUAUGUACAGGAAGCUAUGCAGCCUGUUGCAGAUGGUACAAUGGAACACAUUUUGCAAGAAAUAUGAUCUAUAUUUAAACAAUCAUUUUACAAAAGAACUUGCAUGGACAUUGAGUCUACACAAUGUAAUUAUUUUAAUACAUAAGAAAAAAAAAAAGACUUUUCAUUUUAUUGGCAUAUUUUCAUGAUUUUUUUCCAUUCCCAUGCACUGUAGGUGGGGACAGCAGAGGCAAUUUGUAAUGGUACUGGAAUUUAAAUUCUUUAAUUAUCUUCAGAAUAUAUAUACUGUUUAAAUCAUGAUACAUUCAAAAUUUACCAUUUAAUGUAUACAAAUAAUCAGCAAUGUGUAUAGCACCUAUAAUUUAGUUUAUUUAUGUUGUAUCCUUUUUUUGUAAUAUUUUUUUUUUAAAUCAUUAUAUAGAAAGAUAAGACAUUUUUCUCUGUAAAAUUAAAAGCUUACAUUAUCACAUUCUAUUUUUAUUCAAAUAAAAGUGGUUUGCAUUUAAAUGGCAUGUUUCAUAUUGCAAUAUGAUUUACAUUAAACAAGUUAAUUUAUUGUUUUCUUUUUGGAUAUAAUAAAGAAGAAAAAUAUGACAGAACAUAUAUGUGUAUAAAUAAAAUGAUAAAGCAUCAAUUUACAUUUAAAAAAUGCUUUUACUAUGUAGGUGUUGUUAUAUAUUUUAGAAUACAAUAUUAAUUAUGACUAUCUCCGCAGUAACUUUCACGUGUUGUAUAUUUUAUAUAAGGUUACAGAUAUAAUUAAAACUAUCUCAGCGGUAACCUCCAA